AUGAGAUCCAUUCCACCCGGCUCUCCCGCAUAUAGCCAAUACUGCACGGGAGACAAGGUGUACGACACCUUUGCUGCUUCCGUCGAGGCCGUCAGCUGCAUGGGAAUGGUUGUCGUCUGCUCCAUGCCGUAUGCGCAUCCGGAGGUGUUGCAUGAUAUCACCAAUGGAACGAAUGUGGGGUGUGGCUCGGGGGGAUUCCGCGUUGUCAGGGAUGCGACGGGCUAG